AAGCGAAGCAGCGGACAAAAUGGCGGCCGACGUCUCCGAGUGGGCUUCGCUCUGCGAGAAGUUCCGCAGCGCCCUGAACCUCUCCUACGUCGAGUCCAAGAAGGACCCGGAGACGGAGCCUUACCGCUCCAAGUACAGCGCCAGGGAGCUGCUGGAAGGCAUCAAGCAGGCGCUGGGCUCGGAGGGGGCGACCCUGGGGUCGGAGGAGGAAGGGGAAGGGGAAGAUGGAGGCGCCCAGCAGCGUCGGGAGCGAGUGCGGGCGGCGCGUCUGGCGACGGUGGAGUACGAGCUCGGGGUGAACCACAACGACACCCAGGAAUGCUCCGCCGGGGAGGAGCACCUGGCCAAGUGCCUCCAGCUCCUGGAGAGGCACCGCCUGGCCCCCGAGUGCGUCUCCCUCUACAUCCAGGCCCAGAAUAACCUGGGUAUCCUCUGGUCAGAAAGAGAUGACAUUAAAACAGCACAGACCUACUUGGAAUCAGCAGAGGCUUUGUAUAAUCAGUACAUGAAAGAGAUUGGGAACCCUCCGCUCGAUUCCAGUGAACAUUUGAUGGCUGAACAAGAGAAACUUACUGACCAAGAAAGAUCAAAAAGAUUUGAAAAGGUCUAUACUCAUACGCUAUAUUAUUUGGCCCAAGUGUACCAACACCUGGAAAUGAUUGAGAAGGCUGCACAGUAUUGCCAUACCACCCUCAAACGGCAGCUUGAUUAUAGUGGCUAUUAUCCAGUAGAGUGGGCUCUCAAUGCAGCUACUUUGUCUCAGUAUUAUCUCACAAAGCAAUGUUUCAUGGAAUCCAGGCAUUGUUUAGCUGCUGCCAGUGUCAUCUUCAGCCAGGCUGGACAAGUGCCAUCUGCAGAGGACAAUGAAACAGAACAAGAUCAGCAAGACCUUCGACAGAGAAAAGCUGAAAUUGCAAGAUGUUGGAUUAAGUACUGCCUGAAUUUGUUGCAGGGGGCUCGCAAGUUGCUUGAGGACAAUAUUGGUGAGCUGGAUCCAGACAGGCAGUCGGAGCUUAAAGCCCAGCAGAAAAAGGAGGAAGAUGAGAAGGAGAAGGGUAGGAAGAAGGCUGUUCUCUUUGGAACCAGUGAUUUGUGUGACUCUAUUUUGGCCAUGGAAGAAAAAGUGAGCUGUGUGUUUCCAUUAGAUUUCAAAGAAGCCAGGGAAGUCUUCUUAGUGGGCCAAAAUUAUGUCAAUGAAGCAAAAGAGUUCUUUCAGGUAGAUGGGUAUGUCACUGACCACAUUGAAAUUAUUCAGGACCACAGUGCCUUGUUCAAGGUAUUGGCUUUCUUUGAAGACGAUUAUGAGAGGCGUUGCAAGAUGCACAAGCGUAGGAUAGAUAUGCUGGAGCCCUUAUAUGCAGGCUUAAACCCUCAGUAUUAUUUGCUGCUCAGCAGACAACUUCAGUUUGAACUAGCAGAUACCUAUUAUGAAAUGAUGGAUUUAAAAGUGGCCAUUGGCAAUAGACUAGAGGAGCUUGACUCCCAUACAAUAAAGAAAAUAAAUUCUCUUGCUCAGAUGGCAAUAAAAUACUAUGAACUCUUUUUGGAUUCACUGAGGAACCCUGAUAAGGUUUUCCCUGAGACCCUGGAGGAGGAUGUCCUUCGCCCAGCAAUGGUGGCCAAAUUUCAUAUUGCACGCCUUUAUGGCAAGCUGAUUACUUCAGAUGGCAAGAAACAAUUGGAGAACAUGCAAACAUCAUUGGAGUAUUACUCAUUUCUUGUAGAUUACUGUGAGAAGCAUACAGAUGCUACCCAGGCUAUUGAAACGGAGCUAGAACUAAGCAAAGAAAUGGCUGGCCUUCUUCCAACAAGAAUGGAAAGGCUAAGAGCAAAGCUUUCUACUUCCACCUAAACUUCCUUCCCAUCAUGGAGAUGUGCAAUAUUAAUGUGAUCUCUGUCCAACAAGACAGCUUCCUUUAUGGCAGUUGCCUUGUAGUAAUCUGACAUCUUUUGUUGUGAGCUCCCGCCGUGACAGGCAGCCUAGAACCUGUAUUACAUGGAAAACUGUCAACUGUAGUAGUUCUCCCACACGUUAAUAUUAAAUACACAGUGAAUGGUCACGUGGUGCUCGAUAUUGCUUGCUCUAUACUGACAUGCACACUUCCUGCCUUAUUUUUCCUACUUCCACUCUGCAGUCCAGUUUCUGACUGUAGUGCUGUUCUCCAGCUGUUUCUUCUAGUAGGGAACUUUUGAGUAGGUUGUGUUUGCGGUCCAAUCCAUCCUCACAAAAUAGUUUUGGAUACUAUGGCAUGGGCAGAAUUUUAGAUUUCUCCUUAUUUUUUCUUUAAGAUUUUUGUUAACAGAUUGCUAAUUUAAUUGUGUUAUAUUUAUUUUUGUAUAUGCUGUUAUCCUUUUUUUUUGUUGACUCCGUUAAAAGAGAAUCAAUAAAUAAACAUGACUGAUA